CUCUGCCCAUAUAACGCCCCCCCACAGGAUGCCUGGGCAGGCACUGAGCAGCUACUGCCAUGGGGCCUGAAGUCCUGCGUCCCUGCCUCCUGCUGCUGUGGAUCUGGGUCUGUGCCCUCCCAGCUGGCUCUGUCCUGCCCUCUGAAAUCAGCAAGGCUGAAAUGACUCGAAUGUUCAAGGAUUUUAUGAUUCAGUUCAACAGAACCUACAGGAGCCCUGCAGAGCAGCGCAGACGCUUCAGGAUCUUCACACGGAGCCUGCUCGCGGCGCGGUGGCUGCAGGAGACGGAGCUGGGCACGGGGCAGUAUGGGGUGACCCGCUUCAGCGACUGGACAGAUGAGGAGUUCUGGGGGAUGGUCCGGAGCUCCCCACCCCCCACCAUGCACCAGGCCCCCCGGCUCCCAAGGAAGAAGCUACCCCCGUCCUGUGACUGGAGAAAGGCAGGAGCCGUGACCGCCGUGAAGGACCAGGGCGAAAAGUGCUACUCCUGCUGGGCCUUCGCUGCCGUCGCCAACAUCGAGUCCCUCUGGAACAUCCACUUCCACCAGCCCCGGAACCUCUCGGUGCAAGAGGUGUUGGACUGCAGCUGGUGCGGAGCGGGGUGCAAAGGGGGCUACGUGUGGGAUGCUUUCACUACGAUACUACAAAGGCGUGGUCUGACCAGCGAGGAUGCCUACCCCUACACAGGGAGACAGGAAACAUGCGGCAACCUCAGUGAGCCGGCAGCCUAUAUCCAGGGCUUCCAGACACUACCUGGAGAUGAGGAGGAAAUAGCUGCACACAUCGCAACCAAGGGCCCAAUCACAGUUACCCUGAACUCAGCUGCCAUGAAGCAUUAUAAAAAGGGCAUCUCCCAGCCCUUGGUGAAGAGCUGCAGUCCAGACCAUGUGGAUCAUGUUGUCCUGCUGGUUGGCUACGGGCACGCAGAGAAAAGGCGGUACUGGAUCAUCAAGAACUCCUGGGGGGAAGGCUGGGGAGAGAAGGUGAGUGGGGAGUGUAUGGGGCUGCCCCAUGGCAGUGCUGGCUGUGUGGGUGUGGGCUGGUUUUGUCUGAAGGAGGCAGCCUGCGAUCCUAGAGACAACCUCUGGGUGGGGUGCAGGGACUGUUUAUACAGGGAUUCCCCCUGCCUAAUGCUAAGGCACACCACUGCUGGGGUGAGGUGUGGGCUUUUAUUAUACCAGGGGUGGCCAACCUGAGUCUGAGCAGGAGCCAGAAUUUAUCAGUGUACAUUGCCAAAGAGUGACAGUAAUAUCAGCAGCCCCCAAUCAGCUUCCCCUCCACCCCAUUUCCGUGCCUCCCACUCACCGGCAGCCCCACCGCCCAGCGCCUCCCCGCACCUCCUGAUUAGCUAUUUUGUGGCACGCAGGAGGCUCUGGGGAUGAGGGGAGGAGUGAGGGCACUGCAGGUUGAGGGCAGGGGUGGAAAGGGGUGGAGUAGGGGCAGGGCCUGUGGCAGAGCCAGGGGUUGAGCAGUGAGCACCCCCCCACCCCCCCGCCACAUUGGAAAGUUGGGGCCUGUAGCUCCAGCCCCGGAGUCGGUGCCUAUACAAGGAGCCGCAUAUUAACUUCUGCAGAGCUGCAUGUGGCUCCGGAGCCCCAGGUUGGCCACCCCUGUAUUAUACAUUCCCUGGCCAGGUUCAGACCCCAUUCCAGUUUGACACAAAGGCGGAGUGAGGGUACGUCUACACUUAAACCGCUACCAUGAAGCAGCUGCACCGCCACCUCCACCAAUGGCAGGGGUUCUCCUGUCCCUAAGUUCAUCCACCUCCCUGAGAGGCAGGAGCUGGGCUGACGGAAGAAUUCUUCCAUCCACCUAGCGCAGGCUACUGUGGGGCCAGGUCAGCACUGCUACGUCUCCUGGAGUGUGUGGAUUUUUACACCCCCGAGAGAUAGAGCUAUGGCAAUGUCAGUUCCCAGUGUAGAGCAGCCCUGGAUGAGGAAAGGCUGGCCGGUACCAUCUGUCCCUAACACCGUGU